AUGGGUCUUGCUGGUGUUUUGGACAACGAUCAAGUCAAGAUGAUGCUGAUGUUAAGGCAACUUCCUCAACAUCAAUUCAAAUCAUUCCCUGAUGUUGUCACAAUGACGUGCGCAGAAGAAUUGUUUGAAGACAUUGUGAAGAAGCUCAAGACAUACAAAGUCACCAGUAUGAAGAAUGAAGGCUCAAUCAACACCCAAAGUACUCUGCAUACUCGAGCUCAGGUCAACACCAAAUCCUCGAACUUGAAGACCUGCAUCCACUGGGACAAGCCCGGACACCAACCCGCAAAUUUCUGGGUGAAGUACCCAGAGAAAGCCCCAAAGACUGCUGCAGCCCAUAUCACUAUGCAGGACAACUUUAAUCAACUCAAAACCAACGAUCCGACGGACUUCUUGUACUUCCGCACCGCUGACGGUGUUUGUCAUCAUGUCAAUGAAAUCAGAUACAAAGGUGUUAACUAUCACUAG